AUGCCCCAUUCCAGGCUCCCAACCUCCCUGUCGAUGCUCUCGCGCAUGCGCAGAGCUCGCAGCCGUCGGAUUUCUACAUUGAGCAGGAGCAGCGGCGGCGACAGGACGCCAUACAGCGGGUCUGUGAGAAGUACAAGCUGACCGGUGGCGCCUUCUCUCCGCCGCAGCUCGACCACCUCAUCGUUGAUGACGUACAUCGCAUCAUCUACUGCUACGUGCCCAAGGUCGCCUGCACCAACUGGAAGCGAGUCAUGCUAGUCCUCAACAACAACAACAACAACAACAACAACAACAACAACAACGAUAGCAACAACAAAAGCAACAAUCACAGAAAAAACAACACCUCCAACCCGCUCGGCAUCCCCGCCAACAAGUCACACCGGCGUCACCUCCUGCCGACGCUCGCCGCGCUCCCCCUAGCGGAGGCGCAGCGCCGCCUGGCGACCUACACAUCGUUCGUCUUCGUGCGACACCCGUUCGAGCGAGCGCUGUCCGCUUACCGCAACAAGUUCCAGCGCGUCUGGUCCGACUACUACCGCUUCCGCUACGGCCGAUACAUCGUCGCGCGCUACCGCCAGGGGGCGUCCAUCGAGUCGCUGGCACGCGGGCAUGACGUCACGUUCGCCGAGUUUGCGCGGUACGUUGCCGACGCGCGGACGCCGACGUGGGAACACAACGAGCACUGGCGACCGGUCGCCGACCUGUGCCACCCGUGCUCAAUCCGCUACUUCAUUCUGCAUCGCGCCGGCGUCGGCCACCUGGUGGCGUUCCCGCGCAUCGAGACGCGUGGUGGCUCCCGCACCGUCGAUCUGUUGGCGACGUAUAUGAAGAACCUGACGAAGAAGGAGGUGGAGGCGCUGAGGCGUAGAUACAGACAGGACUUUGAAAUGUUUGAGUACAAUUAUCCUCGUUAG